GGGAGGAGGAGAAAAAAUAAAAAAAGCCUCAUCCUACCGAGGUUCAUCCGGAGGCCGAGGACCCCCGGACGCCUCGGACACCUGGGACCCGGCCAGUCUCUUAAGAAAACAGUAUGCCUAUUUGGGCAAGCAUCACCAGUCCUGGAACUCAGAAAAUUCAAGCCUCCGCUUGCUGACUCCACGAGGGACACCUCAGCUUCCAAGUUUAAGAUGGCUUGCUGGAGGUUUAAGGCGAUGUAUGCUGUUGUUUCCAUCCUGGCGGUUUCUGGUUUAUGUUUCAUCAUGAUCAAGCUGACUUCGAUGGAAAUCUUAGGUUUCCCAAAGAAUUAUGCCACUCCCCCACUUUUCAAGAGAGACAUCGGCAGCUUUAUUCAGUUGCCGGAGAUAGACUGCCGAGAGAGCCCCCCCUUCUUGGUGGUCCUGGUCACCUCAUCUCACAACCAGAUGAAAGCUCGGAGUGCGAUCCGAGACACCUGGGGAAGAGUAAGGAUGGUGAAAGGGAAGCAGAUAAGAACGUUCUUUCUCUUAGGCAUCACUGCCAACCCCAAGGACGACAGUCUGAUCCUCCAGGAAAGUGAGAUCUACAGAGAUAUCAUCCAAAAGGACUUCAUAGACGUGUACUACAAUCUGACCCUCAAAACCAUGAUGGGAAUCGAAUGGGUUCACAGCUUCUGUCCUCAGUCUGACUUUGUAAUGAAAACGGACUCUGACAUGUUUGUGAAUGUUUAUUAUCUGACCGAGCUCCUCCUAAAGAAAAAUAGAUCCACUCGCUUUUUCACCGGCUUCUUAAAAAUGAACGAAUUCCCAAUUCGAAAAAUAUUCAAUAAGUGGUACGUGAGUACAUCCGAAUACCCAGGGACCAAGUACCCCCCUUUUUGUUCCGGGACAGGGUAUGUGUUUUCCAGCGAUGUUGCUAGCCUGGUGUAUAAUGUUUCAGAGAGAAUUCCCUUCCUUAAACUGGAGGAUGUCUUUGUAGGGCUUUGCCUUAUGGAGCUAAAAAUUGAGCUGGAGGAACUUCACUGGGAGCAAACCUUCUUCCCAAACAGGCUCAGCUUCUCCCCCUGUCGCUUUAAGAAGAUCGUGACGUCCCACUUCGUGAAACCCCACGAGUUGCUGAUGUUCUGGAAGGCUUUGGAGGGAGUCCUCAAUCAAGAGUGCCACUGACCUCCUGGCCGUGGGCCCUCAGUCGAGACCAUCCGGGCCAGUGAGAACAUCCCAGAUGGCCUACUGAGGCCUCUCAGAGGGCCAGACUCAGGCCUGGGACUUCAGAGAGCUGAGUUGUAAUCCUGACACUCCCCGCCCCCAAGGAAUCAGUGUCCAUUUCACAUGCCUCUGGGACUUACUUUGUGACAUGAGGGUGAUUUCAGGACUGGCUUGCCCACAUCGGAGGGUACCGCCCUCCAGUCAUUUUCACUUGAAGCUCUUGCUCCUAAAGGGUAUAGGUGGGUAGCUUGCAAAAUCAGGACCACCUGAUCUUAGGUUCCUACCUGAAUUUCCCCAUUUCACUUCACGUCUCAUUUCGUUGAGACCUGGCUGAAUAGCGAUAUUCAGUGUUUGGGGUUCUUUACCUCAGGGCCCAGAGUGAGGGAUGGUCUCAAAGUGGGGGUCGCUGUUGGUGGCCUCUCACCUCAGGCAGAGGAAACGUCCACCUCCAAAUUCAAGUUAAUCUUUCUGGGCAAACCUCCUGCGGGGCUCUCAGAGGACAUACCUUUGGGAUUAGGUCUCGAGGAGAGUCACUCGUGACCAAGAGUCCCCAAGGGAGCAUGCAUGAGCUUGUACCUGGCCAAGGCAUUGAAGUGGGUCAAGCAGGGUGUUCUGGGGCCUUUCAGGCUCUGGGUAAAAUGCUUGUUCGCAUUUUAAAGGCAGCUGCACUCAGCUCUGGCACUCUUAGAGACAAUUAUGGAAGCAGCAUGGCCUAGUGGCAAGAGCAUGGGCUUGGGAGUCAGAUCCUAGAUCUGCCACUUGUCUGC